AUGCGCGGCCAUUACUCGACUGGUACACCAUACCAACUUUUACAGGAGCCCCCACCGUCCAGAUCCCUCGGAGAUAGAUCGAUACAGGCCCUAUUUCACCAAUUAGUGCCGAUUGCCUCUGUGCAACGAAGGGCUAAGAUAUUCUCUAUGAAAUCGGCACGGCUUCUGUGGGGCGUUCAGACUUACGCGACCUUGAUUACCAUUUAA